AUGGCACAGCUGCCUCUGCUCAAGUCGUUGCGAUUCUGCGAAAUGCUGCCUGCUGCAUCGCCAUGCACCAGCCUGGAACGCCUGGAGAUUGUCAGCAAGUACCUGAUUGGGCAUUUGGACGAGCUUUCGCCAGAUCUUCUGACCUUUCAACUCGGACAGCUCAUGCCGUGCCUCCGCGAGCUUUGCCUUCGCCAGAGAUUCGCUGCUGAGCACGUUCCUGGUCAUGUCACGUCUCUACCUUCCACUUCUCUCACUCUCUUGGAGAGCUUGACACUUAUUGAGUGUAACCGGCUUCACAGCCUGCCAGAGGACAUCGGAUGCCUGCAUGCCCUCAAGACCCUCGUGCUGCACAGGCUGCCCCUCGUGGCCCUCCCGAACGCCCUCUGUCACCUGCCCUCCCUCGAGACAUUCGUCCUCGUUGAAUGCACCACCAGCCGUCACCUCCUCCAGCUGCCCGAAGCAUUCUUCUGCCUCACGUCGCUCCAAACCCUCGCUAUCAUGAAGAUGCCGCGAGUGAGGCUACCGGAGAACAUAGGGGAGCUCUCAAGGCUGCACACGCUGUAUUUGAAUGGCCUGUACCAGCAGCCACGACUGCCACUCUCCUUCACCGAGUUGACUUCAUUGACCAGGCUUGAACUGGCCAUGUGCACGAUUCAAGAGCUUCCCGAGGACUUGGGGAACCUCAUUAACCUGCAGGAGUUGCACAUUCGUUCUUGUCCUCUGCUCCAGAAGCUUCCAGAGUCCCUCACGAGCCUCUCGAGCCUAGAAACCCUAACGGUUGAUGAUUGUGUGAAGCUAGUCUCAGUUCCCAGAAGGCUAGACAGCCUUGGGAGGCUCAAAUGGCUGGAGCUGACUGGAUGCCCCGAUCAGACUGAGCCUCCUACAUGCCUGCCAUUCUCUCUCGAGGUCUUGAGUCUUGGAAACAGCUACCACGUGGCUGAUCUGCCAGACGUCUCCUUGCUGCCUUGGCUGAGAAAGCUCUCCUUGAAGCUGGUUGGUGCGCAGGAGAGGAUGGAUGUGGGCAGCAGCUUGGCGCGCGUGAAGCAGCUGGAGCUGGCGCUGCAGAAGGAGGCUGUGGAGCUGCCCUUCUCCCUUGCGCUGCUCCCCCAGCUGCACACGCUGGUCAUCUGGAACGCGGGGAAGAUGCAGCAGCUUCCAAGCGACAUGGGAUGGGCUGUGGCGCAGCUGAGGGUUGUGCAGAUCCACUGUGCGCGGGAAUUGAGGGAGCUGCCGGACAGCAUUGGUGCUGCAUCCCGCCUGCGCCAGCUGCACCUCUUUGACUGCCCCGCCCUGCACCACCUGCCCGCUUCCCUCGCCCACCUUGCAUGCCUCCACCAGCUGCAUGUGGAAAACACCGGCCUGCGCUGCCUUCCUCCAGGUAUUGCACAAUUGACCAGGCUGCGCAGUCUUAGCUUGCAUGGCUGUGAGGAGCUGCAGGGCCUGCCAGACGAUCUCACGGAGCUGAAAAUGCUGCAAUACUUGGGCAUUAAGAAUUGCAGCAAGGAUUCCAGCUCCAUGUCAUCCUCAUCCUUCUACGGAUCGCGGCUCUAUGCGAAGCCGUCUUCCCUCCCGGCGCAAAGAAAUGCCGCUGGAGCGGUUACAGUUCGCGCUGACAUGUGGAAGAAGCUCGGUGGGCGAGGACUGAUCAGGGAGGACAUUUUGAAGAGCGAUAAAGCCAAUGAGGUUUUGUGGAACCAGCCAGCAAGACCCGGGAAGGACACGACGAAAGAGAAGCUGUCGAUCGACAAGGAACUCGUUGAGGGCUUCGACAAGGAGCUCAGUGGCUUGACCGGCGGCUUUCCUGGUGGCGAGAAGGGGCUCGCUAAAUUUCUGAAAAACAACCCGCUGCCAGCCAAAUACGCAACGGCUUCUUCGGAGCUCGCUAAGGUUCAACAGCGGUUGUCUGAAGCCGCAGCUGCCAUCGCUUCCUCUGUUCCCAAGCCCCUUGCGCCGCCGUUGCUCAUGCCUGGCAUGACCGUCAAGGUUAUCAAUCCCAAGGACGCCUACUACCAGUACUCUGGCAUUGUCCAAAGACUGACUGAUGGGAAUGUCGCUGUGCUCUUCGAGGGUGGCAACUGGGACAAGCUCGUGACCUUCCGACUGUCUGAAUUGGAAAGGACAAAGAAGGGACCCCCUGGCUCUAACCCUAAGUCCGCGUCUCUUCAGUCAGACCCUGCCUUCCAGAAGUAG